CCGCCUCUUUAAAAGUUACCUGCAAUAUCCCGGAGACCCAUCUCACCGAGCGCAGCCCACGCUGGUUAGUCAGAAAAGAGAGAAGAUAAAACUUUUCCUUUCAGUUUUCGUCUUGAGACAGUUCGGCGGUUUAUUGACAUGUCGCAGUUCGGUUACAGGAAAGAGCUGCAAAAGUACGAGGACAUAGACGAGGAUGAAAUCCUUGCUUCUCUGACCUCGGAUGAGCUAAAGGAGCUGGAGAUGGAGUUGGAGGAUAUGGAACCGGACAGAUUUUUACCCAUUGGGCUCCGGCAGAAAGACCAAACAGAUAAAACCCCUCAAGGAACAUUCAGCAGAGAGGCUUUGAUGGCGUACUGGGAACACGAAACACAGAAACUGUUAGAAAACGAGAGACUUUCGGCCGAACUAAACCAAAGUCAAAACAAUGAAGCUCAGAAAGGAAAUACUGAAGAAGACUGUGAAACUGAAAGUGAAGGGGGUCAAUCAGAGGUCGAAGUAGACAUAGAUGAAUGCACAUCAGAAGAAACAGAAGAGGAGGAUGAAGACGAUAUAACAGAGGAAGAAAAAGAGGAGGAAGAUAAUGAUGAUAAAUCUUUAGAUGUCAGAUCAGUAAGCAAAAAUGUACAGGCUGGACCACACUCAUGUAAUGGGCAUAUCAACAAUCAGUCAAUGCAAAACCAUAUUUUGCAGCAUAACAAAGGGAAAUUGACAGAAGAUGAUCCAAAUCUCAAAGCAACUGCUAGCUCACCAAGUGGAAAUGCAGCAUUCAUUGAUGACAUUCUUGAGAGCAUUAAGAACAAUGACCCGGAGAAAACAGAAAUCAAUCUGAAUAAUAUUGAGAACAUAAGUGUUGCAACAUUUACGCUCAUUGCAGAUGCUCUGAAAUAUAAUACAGUUGUCAAAAUUUUGAGUUUAGCCAACACUCAUGCUGACGACCAUGUGGCAUGUUCACUAGCUGAUAUGUUACAAGUUAACAGAAGCAUCACGAAUCUUAAUAUUGACUCAAACUAUAUCUCAGGCAAAGGAAUCUUGGCUAUCAUUAGAGCCAUACAGUAUAAUAAUGUAUUAACAGAACUAAGAUUCCAUAAUCAAAGGCAUAUAUGCGGAGGACAGGUUGAAAUGGAAAUAGCCAAUCUUCUUAAAACUAAUGAAAACCUUAUGAAAUUAGGCUAUCAUUUUGAACUGGCAGGACCACGGAUGGCAAUGACUAGUAUCCUAACCAGAAACCUGGACAAACUGAGGCAAAAACGCCUCCAGGAGCAAAAGCAACAGCAGGAAAUGGACAAAAUGCUUGGCAUUGUGGAACCAACAAACCGAAGAACAUUUGCUUUGCAGAGGGACUCACCAAGAUCCUCUCCACGUGCUUCUCCAAAGAACUCACCCUGGUCAUCUCCUAAAGUAGUCAAAAAAAUAAAUUCUCAGAAAUCUCCUGUUCCACCUCCACCACCACCCCCUCCUCCUCCUCCUCCUCCUCUUCCAGAGAAGCUUGUAAUUCCUCAGCCACCACCACCGCCUCCAUUACCAAUACAAUCAACCCCAAGUAGAAAUAUAGCUGAAGCCAUUAAGCUUCAAGAGUUGUCCAAGAUGAAACCACAGAACAUUCAGCAAAAUGCCAAAGUCAGGAAAAACAAAGGUAAAAAUAAGAAAACGAAUAAAGAAGACCACAUUUUAAAGGAUCUCAAAAAAUCUUUAAGACCAAUUUCAGACCAAAGGUCAGAGAAUGGGUCAAGGCCAGUAACUCCUCAGAGGACAUUCCAUGAUGAACUAAUGGCAGCUAUCCGCUCAAGCAGUAUAAAGCAGCUAAGACCUGUUGAACUUCCAGAAUAUCUUCGAUGAAUUCAUCUUUUAUUUCUUUGUCAAGAAAGAAUAAUCCAAAUCAGUUCAACAAUGGGUCUUGCAAGCAUCUGAAUAACUACUGUUAUAAAAUGAAAACCAGGUCUACUCAGAAGCUCACUCAAACAUUUUGAGCACUUUCAAAUGUGCAAGUGCUGAGUAUUCUAGUGUGUGAAUUAGACAUUGAGUUCUUUCUUUAGCAUUAGUCAGUGGAUGCAAAGCGUCUUAAAUUAAAGAAUGCCUAUCAUAGGAUAAAUGUAUUUAUAUGUAAAUAUGUAAACAGAUGGAUUUUCUAUUAAAGUAGACAAUUUUCUUAUACUGUUAAGUGUUAAAUAAGGAAAAA